AUGGAUUCCAGGAGAGCUGAAGAACGUCGUAUGGAUUCCAGGAGAGCUGAAGAACGUCGUAUGGAUUCCAGGAGAGCUUCUGAGGAACGUCUCGAUUCCAGGAGAGCUGAAGAAAGACGUCUGGACUCCAGGAGGGCUGCUGAGGAACGUCUGGAUUCCAAAAGGGCUUCUGAAGAACGUCGUAUAGAUUCCAGGAGAGCCUCUGAGGAACGUCUGGAUUCCGGAAGGGUUUCUGAAGAGCGUCGUAUGGAUUCCAGGAGGGCUUCUGAGGAACGUCUCGAUUCCAGGAGAGCUGAAGAACGUCGUUUGGAUUCCAGAAGGGCUUCUGAAGACCGCCGUAUGGAUUCCAGAAGGGCUUCUGAAGAACGCCGUAUGGAUUCCAGAAGGACUUCUGAAGAACGUGUAGAUUCCAGGAGAGCUGAAGGACGACGUCUGGAUUCCAGGAGAGCCUCUGAGGAACGUCUAGAUUCCAGAAGGGCUUCAGAGGAACGACGUAUGGAUUCCAGGAGGGCUUCUGAAGAACGUGUAGAUUCCAGGAGAGCUGAAGAACGUCGUAUGGAUUCCAGGAGAGCUUCUCAGGAACGACGUCUAGAUUCCAGGAGAGCUUCUGAGGAACGUCUCGAUUCCAGGAGGUCUUCUGGAGAACAAAGUCUAGAUUCCAGGAGAGCCUCUGAGGAACGACGUCUGGAUUCCAGAAGGGUUUCUGAAGAACGUCGUAUGGAUUCCAGGAGAGCUUCUGAACAACGUCAAGAUCUUAGGAGAGUCUCUGAAGUGAAACGUCUAGAUUUCAGAUCCGAAGAGCAGCGUCUGGAAUCUAGGAGCAUUGCAGGAAAGGACCGGCAAGAUCUCAUCUGGGCCUCUCAAGAAGUGCACCUAAAUUCUCGAAAAGCUCCCGCACUCCAACGCCGUUCAAGUCUACCCAGUGAUAGAUUAGAUUUUAGCGCUAUGUUCAAGAGGCAAUCCACAGAAGUCAGUGGAAACGAGAAGAAAUUGCUCCAUGACACAUCGGAAUAUUUGCAUAUCCCGAGCCAGAAGACAGGGACCAACGCAGUGCUGGUUCAGAAGAUUCCCUAUCACUUCGAUAAGACCGACUUCACUUCAGAAUUUUCUGACAGUGAAAACAGCUAUAAGCAGGAAAGAAGCGUGGGUGAUGUCCUGAUGAAAGGGUUGUGGACGGGCCUGGCGACGCUGGCCCUCUACCACACUCGCCAGGCCUCAGCCUCCAAGCUCGCUGUGUGCUAAGAGCCCCGCAGUCCGCUUCUCUUCCCCUUGGACUGAAGCGCCACCUCGCGUUAAUAGACUGAAUCAAAUAAUGUGUCAGGAUUACCAGUUCGUUCUCUUCCAGCUUCUCCAUUAGUUCUCAUAGCAAUACUGGUGUAUGAUAGCUAUGCACAGUAAUACAUCUAUAACUUCUUGUAACCUACGGUUUUUGCUCGAAUGUUAAACAGGUUUUAACUUGCUUAAUGUGUAUAAUCAUUCACUAAACCUUAAUAUUAGCCAAAAAAAAAUAUGAUGAUAAAUUAUAAUUAUAAUAAUAUAAUUAUGAUUAUAAUCAAUAAAAGAUGAUUCUGAUAAAUCAAAUACUGCCAUUUAACGAAAGGUCUCUGUUGCUUUGCCGUCGCCGUUCUCCUGCACACCCGCCACGACCUCUCGGACGACGACUCUCGAACGACCUCUGACUACGCUCGUUUGAAGCUCAGCGAGGACCAACAACUGCUCUUUCAUCAACUUUAUUCGAUAAGUCAUUAUACAUGAUAUAGAACUCCAAAACGAAAUCCUGAUGAGUGUUUUUGGCCUUUGCGAAUGAGUAGAAUUUUAAGGCAUGUUUCAAAUUAUAGUUAUUGCCUAAUGUUCUGUAGCAAGGUAUAGAGAGAAAACAUUUUAUGUACCUGGGAUAUGCACAUGAUAUAUACAUGUAUGUUCCUGAAUGUUAUGUAGUGUGGUUAUUGGGGAAGGUUACUAUAUUUUGUGGAAUAUAACAGAGGUUCCCCCUAAUGUUAGUCUAUACUUGCAUGAUUGAUCCAAUGUUUGUAAAACUCAUAAAUCUAUAUGUAAUAAAAACUGAUGCCACGUCA